AUGGCGGGUAUUCUUCGUCGACUUCGGAGAUCCAAUAAGAAAGCUGCCAAAUUUAGAUUUACAGUUACUCUUCAGGAAUUACAUCUCUACACCGACGAACAAUGGAAACCAGAAAACCUUGCAGUUUCUUUCGUUCAUAGACGACGAAAAGUAUCAUCAAAGGAACGAAAAUGGGAAGAAUGUUCGGACGCUAACAAAUGUUUGAUUAUGUGGCCUGAGCAAUUUUCAGAGAAUAUAGAUAUUCUUACAACAUUAUAUCGUAUUGCAAGUGAUGAAUAUGAAGAUAAAGAAUGGACGAUUGUUGUUGAAGAAGUAACUGCUAAAGGAAAAAGAAAAGCAAUUGCAGCAGUGCCACUCAAUGUUCGCUUAUUUAUUCUGGAUCUACCCGAUCAUAAAAGUGAACUGAAGCUCAAGCUCCGUCCAUUGACGCCUCAUUUGAAAUUGUGUUCCCUGAUUAUUCUUCUUGGAAGUUCUCUUAUUUCGGAAGUAAAUGCAGAUGAUGUUAGUAUUACUUCGUCAGCUGCAGCCUCUUUUGUUGAAAAAGUUCCAGUAACAGAUGAAGUUGAUGCGAGUGCAAAUGAUUCCAGAGCAGCAGCUGCAAGACAACAAAUCGACACGACAGCUACAAAAAUGAUGGAAUGGAUCAAAGAGGAAAAGGAAAUCGCUCCGCCUAUUGUUCCAGCACACCGAAAACCUUCCGGAGAGAAUGAAAACCCUGCAAAAGUUCGUCCCCAAUGGAGAGUAUCAGCUGAAGAAGAAAAAACGUCACAACCAGCAGCUCCAGCGCCAAUUGCAACCAACAGACAUAGUCGGUCAAGCCGUGCUUCGACAGAAGAAAAAGCGUCUACAACAAUAGAAUUCCGUGUGGAUUCCAAUUCUCGGCAUGUUCCAGUUACAGCAAUCGCUACACCAUAUUAUCUUCAAAGUGGAACAAUGAGUAGAGGAAGAUCAAAUUCUCCGAGAGCUCCAUCUAGAGAUGCUGUCCCUCAACCGAUCGAUGGAGAGACUUUACUUUCAUGGUGUCAGAGAGUUACUAACGGAUAUUCGCAUGUAAAAGUUAAUGAUUUUAUGAAAUCUUGGAACAACGGAUUGGCCUUGUGUGCAGUUCUUCAUUCUUAUCGCCCGGAUCUCAUUGGAGAUUACGAAACACUGGAUAUCUCUAAUAAUAUGUCUGGACGCAUUUCGAAUAUUCAAAGAGCCCUCGAUUCACUUACUUUGAUAGGAAUAACAGAAGUACCAACAGUUGAUAUGUUUCUGACUCCUGAUCGGAAACAAAUAGAAUUUCUUCUUCAACAUCUUCGCCGAAUCUUUGAAGGAUUUGACGAGGGAUCUACACCAGCCAGUGCUUCUGAUCACAGAAUAUCCAGAACAUUUGGAAUUAAUGAAUCCGAAGAAAAAGUUGUUGCCAUGAUUACAGAAAUUCGAAAUCAAAAAGAUCUCGAAGAAGCUGUGGAUUAUAGACACAUUCCUGAUGAAGUUCCUGUUACACCACAGUUGGCUAGUCGCAAUCCGGCUCUCAAUCAACCAACUGACGCUGAUGACGAUGAUGCUGAAACUUCAAAUAUGCGCUUUGAGAGAAGUAAUGUAAGCAUAACCAUGGUGACUCCAGGAGUUGGAGCAAUUCGUGCAUCGAAUCGUGCAUCACCUUCAAAGCGAGAUGAACUACGCCAAAGAGCACGUGAUUUAAUUGAAAAAUCAACAACUCCUGCAGCAACACCAAAUUCACGGAAAGCGAGUGAUGAAGAGAGAAGACGCGAAGAGGUCAGACGGAUGCUGAACGAAAAGCAGCAUCCAACGGCAAUCCCCUCUACUUCAUCAUCACCAUAUCCCACUUUCCGUCGUAUCGAUGGAUCAAAUACCGAUCUUCGUCGUAUUGAACUCGAUGUACACAAGUUCAAGAAACGUGAUCCAUCUCCGACGCUCGUCCGCAAACAAUACGAUCCCAAUGAUACUCCUCAUGUGCCAGCAAUUGGUCGUGGCAGAACAAAUGGAAAUCGGAACGAUUCAUCAACUCCUUCAUCAGCUUCUACAUUUGAUCGUGUCAAGAGAUAUGGGAGUAUGCGUAGUGCAGAAUUGAAAGAAUCGUUGCAGUUGAUGGCGAAACAAUACGGAUACAUGGGAAACGAUUUCGAAUCAUCUUCGCAAGACGCUCUGGCGACACCAACCAAAAAGUUCUCUUCCCAAUGGGAAAAAGACGUCGAUGACGUUGAAGGAACCGCCAAUGAGCUUGUUCGUAUUGACGAACGUAUAUCGGAUAUUACAGCACAAGCCGAUGUUAUUCAAGACAAGAUCCGUGAAACAGAAGUUGGAAGUUCAGAAGAAGAAAUGUUGACUGCAUCAUAUCUUGAGUUGACAAAUGAACGGAACACUCUUGUACAUCGACAGGAAUACUAUAAUAUCAUUGAGACAAUUCGUCAGGUUACUUCGGAAAUUGACCAAUUGGGAAAACAAAUCAAUGAAGUUCCUGAUGAUUUCCCUCGUUCUGAUGAGAAUAAGACGGCAACGGAUAAACUGAUUGAACAAUAUAGUGAUGCUAUGAAAACAAAAAGUAACUUGGUUCAAAAGUUAUUUGCAACUGAGGACGAAAUCGAAGAAGAUUCGGAUCGUUUGAAGAACCUUACUUUGGAUAGGGCUACUCGCUUUGUUCGUGGAAUAGAUCAGCCUGUUUCAGCAUCGAAGCGACUUAUUCAAUGGUGGCGCCGUUAAUACGCUUCAACGUUAUUUAUUACUCAAUUUAAAACUACGGGUCUUCUUCUCUUUCUGAAAACAAAGUUUCUCCCAGUGUCCCUUUGUUAUCUUCUAUCAUUUUUUCUCCUUUCCAUAAUUCACUCUUUCCCGUUUUUUUGGCAAAUUUUUAGGAGUUAAUCAAAACAUCAAAUUUUUCUCUAUCUUUUCAUCUCUAUGUGUAUAUUUUUGUAUUCAGUUUUCUUUUCUCUCGGUGCACACAAAUCCAAAUGCUUUCAGCUUUCAAUAAAUCAAUUCAGAGUUUUAAA